AUGCGCACGCCGAAAAACAAAGUAGCGCGCUCCGGCAAAGUUAUCGGGCGGGUUGUGCUCGCGCAGCGUAAUGAGGGGAGGCUGCGAGCAGAUCGAGAGCGGGCUAACCGAUCGGGUUGGUUGGGCAGGUUGUCGCAGUACGAGCGGCAGCAGCCGCAGCCCCGCGGCAACGACCCUAUUCUGCCCGCGGUGCUGGAAUUCCUGGAGGAGACGGAGGAGGCCUUCUUCCACGCGGUCAUCACGGACGUCGAACCGUCGGCGCCGCAGUUCAAGCUGGCACCGACCUACACCCUCUACCUCGCCGCCAGAUAUCGCGCCAGCACCCACUACCGCUCCGAGCUGCAGCCGACCGAGCGGGCCGAAAGAUUGACCGUCAUGCUCGCCAAAGUCGCCAGCAUGAUCAAUAGGGUGAUCAAGGAGCGCUACAUGGACGCCUCGUCGCUGGCGCUGUGGCUGGCCAACGGCUCGGAGCUGCUGCACAUGUUGAAGAACGACCGUCACGUGGGCGCGUUCUCAACGGCGGCGCAGGAGAUCCUGGCCGAGUCGGUGCACGCGGCUUUCAACUCGCUGGUGCGCUGCAUCUCGCUGGAGCUGGCGCCGGCGAUGUCGCAGUUCAUGGCCGACGCGGACGAGCCGGCCAAGGAGGCCGGCGUGCUGCAGAUCUUCAGCAACAGCAUGGCGCUGCUGCGGCGCUGCCGCGUCAACGCCGCGCUAACGAUCCAGCUGUUCAGCCACCUGUUCCACGCCAUCAACGCCACGGCCUUCAACGCGCUCGUGAGCAACGGCAGUCUGUGCGUGCGCUGGUUCGGGCGGCGACUGAAGACGCGCCUCAGCGCCCUGGAGACCUGGGCCGAGCGCCAGGGUCUGGAGCUGGCCAGCCAGUGCCACCUGGCCACCAUCAUGCAGGCCACGCACCUGCUGCAGUCGCCCAAAUACAACCCCGAGGAGUUGGCCGCGCUCAGCUCCAGCUGCUUCAAGCUCAACUCGCUGCAGGUGCGCGCGCUGCUGCAGAAGUACCAGCCGGCCGCGGACGAGCCGCGCCUGCCGCCCGAGCUCAUCGAGAACGUGGUCAGGGUGGCCGAGAGCGUGGCCGACACGCUGGCGCAGGCCGACGGCCGCAAGAUCCGCCUCGAGGAGGAGCCCGCGCUCAACCUGGCGCUGCUGCUGCCCGAGGACGGCUACAGCUGCGAGGUGAUACGCGGCGUGCCGCCGGGUCUAGCCGAGUUCCUGGCGCCGCUGCAGCGCGACGGCCUCUGUCGUAUGGCCCCGCAGCCCACUAGCAGCGGCUUUUGGACCAUCUACAUGAUCGAUCACGGCGCUUUGAUGCGCAGCGCCAGCGCCAUGAGCAACAGGUCCGCCGGAUAUCCCGCGCACGCGGCGCCCGCCCAGACUCAGCCCGAGAUCCAGAUCAUCAAGCUGCACAAGUCCACCAACGGAAUGGGCAUCAGCAUAGUUGCCGCCAAGGGAGCAGGCCAGGACAAGCUCGGCAUUUACAUCAAAAGCGUGGUGGCCGGAGGAGCGGCCGACGCCGACGGUCGAUUAGCAGCGGGCGAUCAACUUCUCAAAGUCGACGGCCAGAGCUUAGUCGGUAUAACUCAGGAAAAAGCUGCCGAGUACUUGGUUCGCACAGGACCUGUGGCUACGCUGGAGGUAGCGAAACAAGGUGCCAUCUAUCACGGUCUGGCGACGCUGCUCUCGCAGCCUUCUCCUAUAAUGGCCAGAGCCUCUAAAACACGACCCAAGUCGGAACACUUUGACCCACCGAGAAUGACAGAGGUGGCUUCGGGCCAUCAGGCUAGCACCUCGGCAUCGCACUCGAUGGGCAAUCUGUUGACGGUGCCGCACCACGGCGGCGCACAAGUCUACCAAGAGCAAUACGUCGACAGUUGGGAUCCACAGCCAGGUGCGAGUAUGAGCCGCGUCGGUAACUGCGUGCCCCACCAUCGCGCGAACACGAGUAUGCCCUACCGGAAUUACGUGUCCGCGAGCGCAAACAGCCCCUACCAGCUCUACCCGCAGCAGCACCGACUCGGCAACCAUGCGCUCGUGAGGGCCGGCGCUCGCGGCGGCUGCACCGAGCUGGCCGAAGUCUACGUCGACCCCGAGGCGCUGCACUACGAGACCUCGCCGGCGCACGCGCUGGGCUACUGGGCGCCGACCGCCCAACACCGAGCCCCCGUCAUUCCGGUCGUUCACGAGGCCGGCAAUCACGCGUUCCUAACCAUUCCGAGCCAGUACACCGAGCGCUACCCCACGGGCUACGCAUCCGCCCAGAUCCACUGCAGUGCCGCGCAGCAGCAAGAAGCCCACCCGCCUCCGCCACCGCAGUACCGAGAACCCGGGCACUACGGCUACUAUAGCCAUGACAAGACUGAGCUGGUUUUCCCGGCGGUGAGAAGUCGCGACGAGGAUUACAUCCAAGUCGUCGACGAUCGAGCCGAGCUCUGCUGGAGCUCGACCUCUUGCCACGUACAGCCUCGGUACGGUUGUCGAGCCGCCGGCACCAGCCAGCAGCAGCAGUUGACCGAGCACGCGAACGAACUGGAAGAGGAUCAGGAGGAGGACGACGAGCGGUCCGCGGACAAAGCCACCUCCACCGAGGAGAACACGCAGUCGGCGGGCACCCGCGAGAAUUCUGAUAGUCCGUCGCUGGAGACCGAGGCCACGGUGAUCGCCACGCCCAAGCUUCACGCGGCCAUGCCCGAGCUGAACCUCGACCUGAGCGGACUGAACAGCAGCGACAUGUCGAGCGACGAAUCGAGCGCCGGGGAUAAGUAUCGGAAGUCGCCAGAGGCGGUUCGUCUCGGCUGCGGUAGAGUAGCUGCUCUGGCCAAGCACUUCUCACAACUUGGCGAGGCGGGACUGAUCAAGUUCAAGUCGCGGAAGCUCGCCGGCUCCCGGCAGUUUUUGUCCGAGCCCGACAUCGCCUCGCCUUCCAGCUCCGAGACCAAGAAACGCGCGCGAGCCUGCAUAGACAAGUUCAAGUCUGAGAGCGACUUGUUUCAAUCGGACAAGAGCGUGUCCACUGGUCCGGAAAAGGAGUGGAGUAUGAUUUUGCUGGAUAUCCAGGCCAAGAGUUUAAUACAGUGCGAGGAGGGAGCCGAGGCGAGACUAGCGACGGGAAGUCGCAGCGAAGACUGUCGCCGCGAGAACAAAGGCUACGACCACGCGAGCAGUUCGAAGCUGAGCCUCGCCGAGCAAGAGCAGAUAAUCGAGCAGCUGAAGGAGUUCGCGAACCUCGACAACGUCGACGCGCCGCUCUUCGUCCCCGGUAAGGAGGCGAGCCGGCUACGAGACAGCGAGACGAUGACGGACUCGCCGCGCGACGAGCCCGCCAUGGAGCAACGAUCGAAGCAGUCGCGAGCACUGAUCUCGGGUAGCGUACGCCUCGAGCACUUUCGCAACCACUCGCUGCCCACGAUUCUCAGCACACUCAAUGUUUAUCCGGGGCGCAAGUGCAACGGCUCGGCGGCCACGAUUGCCAGCGGCGGCGGUAACGGCAGCGCUGCGCUCACUGCCAAAGGUACCAAAGUCAACAGCCUGUCCAAGUAUUGGUCGCUCAAGGAUCUGGCUUCGAACGAGGAGCUCGACUCGAAUAACACCAGCACUAACGACAUCUUCAACGACCGCGCCGACAGUCCCGGCCUCAAGUACGCCCCGGUCUUCCCGAGCUGCUCCAGGGUCGUUUCCGCACCAGAGAUAUCCGACGAGCACCUCGGCGGAAUCACCAUCAAGAGCACUACAUGCAUCAAUCGACGAAGAAGUGACGAGAGUGCCUCCUCAUCCGUCAGUUCAUUCCGUUCCACCGUCAGAUUAUCGAAGAGCACCAGUGAUAUAUCCAGGCGUGACGACGAUCAGCAGAUCGACGACGAGGACGAAUACGACAACGAGAACGAGGAAGCGUCUGCGACUCCGGGGCUGAACGACAGCAGCAGAUCGUGGGAGAAACUGGUGCACACGUGCGGCAAGGGGCAGUCGAAGGGCAAUAAACUGGUGGUGCUCGGUAGCGAUAGAUCGACGAGCGAUGUGGACGUGACGGAGAGACAACCGACUCCAAGAUUCGAGCGUGGAAUAGGCGACUGGGUGUUUCGACAGCAUCGGCAUCACCAUCACCAGUGUCCCCGUCGCAUGAGCGAACGUGAUUUGCCGUCGCGCUUGGGACACGAGCCGCCUACUCCGCAGCAAAUACACAGCAGUAAAUCCGUUCCCGCUCUUCACAAUGUAGGAACCGAAGGCAAGCUUCAGCAUGAAGUUUUCAACCCUGGAUACAGCAGAGCCUCCUCCAGUAACAGUGUCACUCCGCCGGUCCAACCUCCACCGAUGCCUGCUAUGAACGGGGCCACUUCUCUGCGCUCCAGAUCCAGUCACAAUUUGCAUGAUCCAAGUAGAGCUGGUGCCUUACCAUCAAGCGGUCUUUCCAAUAGACAACAAUCGUCUCCAAACCUCCCGCACGGCCAAAAUCAUAUGCAAGUUAACGAAGCGGAGAGAUUCUAUCAGAACUUGAGCGUUUACCGAAAUCAAGAGCCCAUGUUAAAGCAGCAGCCGAGUCCUCCUCAAUCAUCUGACGACAGAAGUCCAAUGCAGAUGCAGAAGCCACUAUCGCGAGGCUCUGAGAACGCCUUAAACAGAACUAUACCUGAACAGGGCAAAGACAGGCCAAUGUCCGCCUACAUGAAUCCUAACCAGCAGCAAGGCCACCCCAAUCCAAUGCAACCGCAGCAACAAGGCCCUCCGGUCAGAUCUCAGUCUUCGCGGGAUAUUAUUCGGCAAGAAGCCAAAUUGCAAGAGAUGCAAGAGGAAGUUCGUCGUCGAGAGCUGAGGGGAGGUGCUGGUCCGGCUGGAGUUCCACCGGGAGCACAAAUGGGAGCUUACCGUAGCAACACCUACAACCCACGAGUUGGUCCAGCUCAGAUUGGCUUCCAGCAAAAUUCGAUUCGUCCAGGUAGGCCUCUUGGCUCGACGCCCAAUCUCGGACCAACAUCACCGAACUACAAUCGGCCGCCUGGUCAGAACAUCGGCUAUCUGCCGGACCAGCAGCAACAGCAUCAGUAUAAUCAAUACGGCCAGUACAACAAACAAAUGCUUCAAAAUCAGUACGGCCCUUCCAUGAUAGCACGGCCCUACGGUCAAAACGGACCACAGUUCUCAAACGGAUCCGAGCAUCCAGACGGCAUGGACAUGAUGAGCGAACAACCGCCUUUGAGACCCUCGCUGCCCAUUGCGAGUGGAAGUCCACCGCCGCCGGUACCCAAUACAAUGACACAUCCUCUCUACAGCAAGCAAAUGGAUCCCUCUUCAAGAUAUACUGCAAGCAUGCAGGAUCCUCCAAGAGGUGGUUACUAUCCUACAACUUCUGGAAGUGCGCAGCAACCGCGUCAGUAUCAGUUCAGUGCCACUAAUCCGUGGCAGCGGGAAGAGAGAGAAAAGGAACAAGCGAGACGCAGAGAAGCCGCGAGACAGUGGCGUGACCAGCAGAUUGCCGAGCUCAGCGCCAUGCCUCGUCGAACUGCUCAACAAGACGAGCAAUUGCGGGCCCUGCAAUUGGAGCGAGACUUUCAGAAGCGCGCUGAGGAGGCGGCCAAUCAGCAGGACGAUGACGAGGAGGGCAACGAUCUCGAAAGUGAGAGUACUUCUCAACGUGUCCAGGAUCUUCUACGCACUACUACUGCUCAGGAUCGGAACAGUCAGCUAAACAGCCAACGAGAUCCAAUCGGCCUCUCGCGAACAAGUACUGUGAAUCAAUCGGGCAGAGGUCCUCCCAUGUCACCGCAGGCAGUCACCAGCCAAAUUCAAAUGACCAAUGUACCGAUCCACACAGUCUCCAGUCAACAGAGCUCCAUGACGAAUAAUUAUCCUGGCCAAAACGACGCACCAAAUAAUAUCGCUGCCGGUUACAUGUCGCAGAAUCCGAAUAUGAAUAACCAGUCGAAUGUUUCCCCGUCUUACGGCUCGUCCAAUCUUAAUCAGUCAAAUGCUAGUCAAAAAGCGAAUAUGGCAGCCGCCGCUCAGAACGAGGAACGAGAAAGAAUACGUAGAUUAGAAGAGUUAAAGAGACAGCAAAACGAAUAUGAUGAGAGUCAGAGAAGGCAGAAACGAGAAGAAGAGGAGGCGGCACGACAGCAACAGUUGCAGCAGCAACUUUAUCAGCAGCAUCAGGCUAAUAUGCGCAAUCAGUCACAGUUGCAUCCUAAUAUGCUCAGAUUGGACAAUCUUGUCAUUGAAGACUCUAGUUCUCCUGCGUCGCCAACUGGUAACGAAGCACCUCCACCACCAGAACGUGGUUCUAGCUACGCGGUAAUGUCACAGCAAAGUGCAUUACGAUCAAAUACCUCGACUACUUCCAACAUUUUACUUGGAUCACAAGCUACGACAAUGACAAAGAGGGUUUCGUUCCAUGACCCUAAUGCCAAUACUGAAUCACCGUCUCGAAAUAAUAGCUCCAAUACAUCGAAUAUAAUCACGUCUUCAUCCAUAACCAUGGACACUAUCAGGGAAGACCCAAACAACUUCAUAAACGAUGCAGAGAUGUUAUUGGCUUCUCCGAAAACACCAGAAGGUCCAGGAAGUAUAUUUCAAGGAGCGACACCUGGCGUGAUCGGCGCUCAGGAAGUUUAUAAGGAUCCCAGGCAGAGGCGCUUGGCUGAAAAACAAAGGCAACAACAAAAUUCACAAAUGGGCGCUGUUCCAGAGAAACUGAGUUUCAAAGAGAAGAUGAAAAUGUUUGCCAUGGAGACAGGAGAAGAUAGUACCCCGAGGGACAAAGUGAAAAUUUCAAGAGCUCAGCGUGAAAUCGAUAAUAUUGGAAAUCCAUUGAGUUCCAACAAUAACAAUUAAUUGUUAUUAUUGAAAUUUAUUAUGUAAAUAUUGAAUACAGUUUAAGCAUGUGCUUGUAGGCACGACAAUCAUGAUAGGAUCAUCAAGCACAUAUGUUACCGUUGUAGUUUCGAGAUUCAGGAUGAAGGCUAUCUUUUUGUUAUUGUUGACGCGAGCAAAAGUAUUGCAGUUUUUGUUUUUUAAUAAGUAUGUACGAUAUAUAAAUAGCGCAAGAAAUAUUGAGCGUUAAUAUUUGAAAUAUUAUGAUAGCUACAAUUGAGGGCACGUUUUAUUGAAUGUUUGCUGUAUUUCAUAUGAAAAACUUUAGUUUAUUUUAAUCUUGUACCUUACUGCAAGUAUUAGUAUCUUAUAAUCACAGUUUUAGUUAUUUAAAAAGUAUUGAUUUAUUUUUUUAAUCAUAAAAAUAUUUUUGUUUUUAAGGACAUUUAAUAAAAAUAAUUUUAUGAAGUUUAAUUUUGUAUUUUUUUUACACGUAAAAGUAGCUUCGUUGAAUGAAACCGUUGAAGAAAUAAAAUAUUUAUAAUGUAUUUAAAAAAAUCAGAUAACAGGGUCGUUUUAUGGUUUAUUUACUCGUAUAAUUCGUAGUACUCAUAUACGUGGAUGGUUUGAAAAAUAUCUCUAAAUAAAAGUUAUAUGACAAAUUCUUUUACUCUAAAUUUUGUAUGCAAAGAGGAUUUCAUAAUUAUUUCAACUGUCAUCGUAAAUUACAUGCAACCUUUUUCGUACGCGAUCCAAAGAGCAUAAUAUAACAAAUUGAUACGAUUUAUAAGCAGUUUUGAUUCGUAUUAUAUGAGUUUUAUUAAAAUCAUCUACGUAUAGUAAUGAUGUAACAUAUCACUCGAUGUAAAUACUCGAAUCAAAAGAGUUGAUGACGCAACGAUCGCGGAAUCUCAAAGAUAAAAAAGUCAUUUGAUACUUAAAUUUACAAGAACAAAAAUAUUAGAUUUGUGACUCAAAUCAGAGCUUGGCACUGAUAACUUGAAACUGCAGAUUAAAAUGGGACCUAAAUAUAAAUUUAAAAAUACCUAUACGUAUAUUCCGUACGCUUAAAGAACAAUUUUCUUAUUUGUAUAAAUGUUACUUAUUUAUACACAUAUUUUAUAACAAGUAUGUCAUUUAUACAUGAUGUUUCGAUCACAAUAAUAGAUCUCUUGUUGCUAUUCUUCCUUGAUAUCGAAUUUUGCAUUACCUAAUACAGUGAUAAACGUUUUGAUAUUUUAAAAAUUUUAAACAGUCAAAUGAUGUCUAAUAUUUUGAUUAAUGUAAAAAGUUGCAUAAGGAACUCCGAAUUUAUCUCAAACAUUAACCUGUGGCAUUAUGCAAAGUUAGUGAAUAAAAAACAGUAUAAAAUUCCUCUGCAAAUGGGAAGAAAAAGGAUAACUGAAAAUCAAAUGAAACGCUGCAAAAUAGUUAUAAUCAGUAGUAAAUCUAUUUAUUAAUCGUAUGUUGAUUCAAAUUCCAAGUAUGUAUUUGCAAAUAUCUAUAUUAUAAAUGUUCGGUAUAUAUAUCAUAAAAUAAAUAGAUUACUUAGGAAUCUGUGCAGUGCCGCUUUCAGCCAAGCAUACAGACUUACAUAGAUCUAAGUAUUACAUUUAUAUUAUUAUAGAACAAAAUAAAAGCAAGUUACUCUACACUGAAUGUUUAAAGUAGAUUCAAGAGAAAAAAACACGAUAAUAUCUGGGCACAACUCCAAAGAGCCUGAAGCCCAAAAACAAAUCAUAGCAAUAUUAGCUUAAAGAUGUUAAUUAUGAAAACAAAUUAUGUACAUGAGAAUAGAAAUUAAGUUGCAGCGAUCAAAUUAACGUUUUAUAUUAUCUCGAAAAGUUUCAGUCUUCUAGACUGCAAACGCAAUAAUCUAACUAGCGUAGAUAUAUGUUUUUAGCGUCUUUUCCAAUAACGCAAUAGCCAUAACAGUUUAUGAAAAAUAUUCCUCGCGAUUCAACGAAAAUAUUCAUAAAGGUGAACAGAAAUAUCGACGAAGAAUUUUAAUAGUAACGUACGUUUUUAGCCUAAAGGAACAUCAUGAGUAAAAGAAGAGAAGAGGCACUAUUAUCGAGUCUUAUUAGGCAAAUCAUUUAUCAUGUUAUUAAACCACUCAAUGGGUUGUCUGUUAAAGUGAAAUCAAUUUCCAACAGAGCGCAAAUCGUAUACAAAAUUAAAUAUAAAAAAGAGCACGUUAUUUGUUGUGUAAUUAACUAGUAUGGUCCCGGUCACUACUUUAAUGGUCUCACACUUCAUAGACCAUUGUAAAUCAUUUUUAUUUUCAUUCUUUUGGGACGAAAUGUAAAGAAUAGUGUUACAGUUUUACCGUAGCAACGUACUAUUUGCAGCGUUAAUGAGUAGCCUAAAUUCGUUGAUUGUAUCGAGAUCAACGGUCGUAUAUCAAAUCGAGUGCGAAUUCAAUAAAAAAGUAAUCUUUUCUUGUUUGGUGGAUACGGGUUUUGAAAAUUGUAGAGCGGAUACGUUCUGAAUAUUGUAUGUGAUAUAUUAUAGGCCUUUCUUUCAGAGUGAAAGAUUAUCUAGUAUGUUUAUUCCGCAAGGGUGUAAAUUGUGAUGGUUUAGAAAAACGUUCAACAAUUGAUUGCAACCGCCUCAGCAUGCACGGGACAUAAAAAUGUUUAUUGCUUGUUUCUUCUUAAUUUAUUACUAAAUGUGUAUAAAGACUUUUUUAAUAUUGUAACAGUUUAUAGAGAUUGAAAAAAAAGAGGUAUGUAUCGAGUAUGUAGCUGUUAUUACGUUUUAGAGAAAGAAGCAUACGAUGAGUCGAUAGAGGGAAAAAUUGAUGAUAUACAAAAUAUAAUGGUUGUUGCUGUGUAAUUGUGAGCCCGUGUAAAGUAAAAGUAAACAAUUAAUGGUCAUUUUUUCAGGUCUUAAGCAGAAGGUAGAUUCAAUUGUGAACCUUAAUAGAACUUAUUUAUCAGUUUCACGUUCUAUGUUUAGAAGCAAUGGAAAGAUAAUCAUUUGUUAUGUUUCGUCAAUCACAGUUAUUCGGGAGAUUGUAUUGCGAGAUUUUAAAAAAGAAAAAAGGUUGUGCAACAAAAAACGAAAGAUCGAAAAGAUAUGUAUAAUAAUUAAAUAUUAGCACGUAUUCACUUGUAAGUAAAAGUUAAGUUUAGACACGCCGAGAGAUAGUGAACUGGAAAGCGAAUGAGAACGGUUUCGUCCCUCUUUGUUGUGUAUAGCAAAUGUAUUUGCACUAUAUUUUUUAAGACUUUUCAAUUGUCACUAGAUGAUUCUAAUGAAAGAGCGACGAGGUAGAUUCCUUUUCGAAACGCGCGUCAAUGGAUUCUUCUAAUUACUAGGUCUUACUAGGUCGUAUCUACAACUAUAAUGUAUAUCAUUGUACUAAUGGUAGAAAACACUAUAUUUUUUAAUGAUUGUUCAUCGUGUCAUUACGCAUUAUUUAAAUAUGAUAUUGAUGAAAAUUUCAAUAAAUAAAUAUCGAAU